UUCUCCACCGCUACUCCCUCACCCUCCUCACGUCCACUCUUUUUCAAAGCGAAAGAGAGUGAGACUGAGAAAUAAACAAAUAGGAGGCACUCUGUGCGCAGUUAUAUGGGUGCUCAUACUCUCCAUUCCUCUUCUUCUUCUUCUUCACUCACCAUCCAAUUAAUGCACCACCAUCACCGACAUUUAUCGCUACUGUUUCUCCUCUGAAAAACAGUCAUUAAUAAUUCUUCAUUAACUAAAUUAAGGAGGAAAAUCGAUCGCUAUGGAAUUGUUCUGUUUUUACUGCCAUCUUUCUUGUACUGCGUUCCUCAGCCUCAGUCUUCUCCUCAUUUCCAAAGGCGCUUCAGGAGCUACAUUCACAUUUGUGAACAAGUGCGAUUACACAGUAUGGCCGGGAAUUCUAUCGGGGGCCGGCAGCCCAAAGCUAGAGAGCACCGGUUUCACGCUCACAAAGGGCAGCUCUCGCGCUUUCCAGGCGCCAACAGGGUGGUCCGGCCGCUUCUGGGGCAGAACCGGCUGCAACUUCGACGGCUCCGGAAGCGGGUCCUGCGCAACCGGUGACUGCGGCUCCGGAACCCUCGAGUGCAACGGCGCCACAGCCGCCCCGCCUGCGACUCUAGCCGAGAUCACACUUGGCUCGGGCUCACAAGACUUCUACGACGUGAGCCUGGUUGAUGGGUACAACUUGCCGAUGAUAAUGGAAGGGAGUGGCGGGUCGGGUACUUGCGAGUCCACCGGGUGUGUCACGGACCUGAACAGCCGGUGCCCGGCGGAGCUGAGAACGGACGGUGGCGGGGGUUGUAAGAGCGCGUGUGAGGCAUUUGGGAGGCCGGAUUACUGUUGCGUCGGGGCGUACGGUACAGCGUCGACUUGUAAGCCGUCGCAAUACUCUGAGAUUUUCAAGUCGGCUUGUCCCAAGUCUUAUAGCUAUGCUUACGAUGAUGCCACCAGCACCUUCACGUGUACCGGAGCUGAUUAUACCAUCACAUUUUGUCCAAAGUCUCCAGGUUUGAAAUCUUCAAGAGAUUCGCCUCCCGAGAUAGCAGGAACAACGACAGAUGGGUCAGGGCCAGAAUCUGGUUCAGACUCAGCACUUAUGCAGGCUGAACUGGCGACUUCAUGGUUAGCCAAUUUGGCCACAGGGGACUCGUCUAGAGUUCACCGUUCUUUAGCUUUUUCAUCUACCUUGAUUUUGGCCAUUUCUCUCCUCUCAUUCUUAUGCUUGUAGUUCUAUCCCUGCCAUGUGCUUGGUUCAAUUCUCAUGUAUAUCGGCAAUGGCAGUCGUUUAAUGAUAGAAAUUAGAAAUCAUCAAUACCAACAUCAGUGAUUAUGGUCACUUUGCAACCCGCUUUUUAAAGGAAUACGAUUCUCUCCGUUUCAAGGAA